AUGGCAAAAACUCCAGAAGCCGCGAAGACAUUGUUGGAUGAUAUGGCUGCCAACAAUUACCUGAAUGACUGGAGUAUAUCUCGUGGAGCCCCUAAAAAGGGAGCUAAAGUUGAUCAGUUGAGUAGCGGACCAGCAGCGCCUAUUUGUGAGAUUUGUGAAGUGCAAGGUUGGAAGCAUCACCCAAAUUUCUCCUACAAAAAUAACCAACCUCAACCUCCACACACCAACUACUCCCAGCCACCUGGUUUCCAACAAAGACCACCAUUCAACCCUUCAUCAUCAUCCUCUCGACCCAACCUUGAGACUAUCAUGGAGAAUUUAGCUUCCUCUCAGGCUAAGCAAGUUGAAUACCAAGCCAAGCAGAAUGAAUUUUUCAACAACUCUCUCCAACAAAUCACUGCUCAUAAUAAAUUGAUGGAGAGUCAGAUGACCCAACUAGCCCAACAAAUAAGCCACCUCUCUAAACCUUCAGGCCAACUUCCUGGGCAAACUGAACCAAAUCCCAAGGGGCAUAUCAAUGCCAUUUCAUUGAGGAGCGGUAAGGAAUUGCAAGAGCCUACAAGGAGGGUAACUGAGCACCACAACACUGCAAAAGAGGUUAUAGAGUUGAGUGAGGAAGUUCAAGAGAAGACGGGUUUGGAAGAUGAAGCUAAGAAGACUAAGAAAGAGGAACCCACUGUCAUUCCUAUUAAACCAUACAAGCCACCUGUUCCGUUCCCUCAAAGAUUGGCACAGAAUACGCUUCCAGAAAAGCUAGGAGAUCCGGGCAGCUAUUCCAUUCCGGUCAAGCUUGGAGAUAUUGCUAUCAAGAAUGCUCUAUGUGAUCUUGGGGCUAGUGUUAGUCUCAUGCCGUUAUCUAUCUGCAAGCAACUCAACAUGGGCGAACUAAAACCCACACGCAUCUCUCUACAACUAGCUGACAGGACAGUGAAGUUUCCACUUGGUAUACUUGAAGAUGUUCCUCUUCGAGUGGGUAAAUUCUUUAUUCCUGUGAUUUUGUCGUCAUGGAGAUGA